AUGAACAUCCUGCUGGAGUUUUCUCGUGGUCUCUUCCGAGUGCUGUGGGCGUUCGUAGCCUGGCGCGGCCCAAGUUGGCUAGUGCGGCCCAAGGAGAAGGAGCGUGCGGGGCAGGUGUGCCUGAUCACCGGGGCGGGCAGCGGCCUGGGCCGCCUCUUCGCCCUGGAGUUUGCCCGGCGCCGGGCGCUGCUGGUGCUGUGGGACAUCAACACGCAGAGCAACGAGGAGACGGCGGGCAUGGUGCGGCACAUCUACCGGGAGAUGGCCGAGGAGGCGGCCACCGCCGCCCCCAGAGCUGGUGAUGGAGAGAAAGAUGCGCUGCCCCAUUGCAACUUGCAGGUUUACACCUACACCUGUGAUGUGGGCAAAAGAGAGAAUGUCUACUCGAUAGCUGAGAGGGUCCGCAAGGAGGUUGGCGAGGUGUCUGUCCUGGUUAACAAUGCUGGUGUGGUCUCCGGGCACCAUCUUCUGGAGUGUCCUGAUGAGCUUAUUGAGAGGACCAUGAUGGUCAACUGCCACGCGCACUUCUGGACCACUAAAGCAUUCCUUCCCAAGAUGCUGGAAAUGAACCAUGGACACAUCGUGACAGUUGCAAGUUCCUUGGGAUUAUUCAGUACUGCCGGAGUGGAGGAUUAUUGUGCCAGCAAAUUUGGAGCUGUAGGUUUCCAUGAGUCUUUGAGCCAUGAAUUGAAGGCUGCUGAAAAGGAUGGAAUCAAAACUACUUUAGUCUGCCCUUAUCUUGUAGAUACAGGAAUGUUUAGAGGGUGCAGGAUCAGAAAAGAAAUUGAGCCUUUCCUUCCACCCUUGAAACCAGAAUACUGUGUGAAGCAGGCUAUGAGAGCUAUCCUUACAGACCAGCCAAUGAUCUGCACACCUCGCCUCAUGUAUAUGGUCACCUUCAUGAAAAGUAUUCUGCCAUUUGAAGCAGUUGUAUGCAUGUACCGAUUUUUGGGAGCAGACAAGUGUAUGUAUCCUUUCAUUGCUCAACGGAAACAGGCUACAAACAACAAUGAAGCAAAAAACGGAAUUUAACAGUUUUGGAUGGACUAGCCUUUAUAGGUGAAUGCAAUAAUGUUACAUGACUGAAUUGCGAAGUGCACUUGCAUCUAACAGAUGCAAAUGUCAGCAUCUUAAUGUGGCAUUCUCUUGGGUCCUAAACCUGUGUGUUGAACUCUAAAAAUCAGUGCGUUUUUAUAUACUGUAAAUAAAACUGACUAGAGUACUUGGGAAAUGUGAUAGGUAAGUCAGAUGAAUUUACGAUGUAGCUGCCACCAUUGUCCUUUUAGAAUAUCACUGUAUGUACAGUAAACUAGCCAUACUACUUGUAGGGAUGCACUGUGUGAUAUCUCUUCCUUAGCCUGCCAAGGCUUCUCAGAGCUGUCUCCAACUAGAAGAUGCAAUGUUUCAGAAAUGGUUUGACUUUCCCUAUGUUAAUUGGAAAGGGGGAGGGAGAGAGGGAAAUCUUGUCAUUUAAGCUACUGCUCAUGAUUUUAUAGUAAAUUCAAGGACAGUUUCUGAAUGCAUCUCUUCACUCAUUCACCCAAGCUCUCUAAAGGACACAUGGCCAAAUUGUGGUGUAAUUCUCUUUUGUUGCAACUGUCUGUUCUAUUUAAACAAAGAUUAAAAGAAAUUUGUAAGUCUGCCGAUUCAAAGGUUGUCUUACAUACUGUCAGAGUAAACUUGUACUGGGCAUCUGUUUUUUUAGGAAUUCAGUCAGUGAUUUAAGCUGACUUUUUUCAAGUACCUUGAUUUGAAAUAUGCUCUGUUCUGUUUCCCUUUAUAUGUCAGAGUCCAGUUUACUGUUGUGGACUACAUGUUUCUUUUCUUCCUCCUCAUUCUUACUUCUGACAGAGUUCUCCCACCCCCCAAGGAAGCUGUUGUGUUAAAUUCUGUAACUGGACUUGUGCCUAAAAGACAAAGCAAUUUAGCUGAGAUACUUACUGUUUAUGUAAGUGCUGGUCAUAUUCCAAUUAUUAGCAAAGGAAAAAUAGAAUAAUGCGUGAUGCAACUCUACAUGCAGAACAUGAAAGGUUGUAAAGAUUUUUUUUGAGCCGUACUCACAUUGUAGAACAGCAAAUGACAUUUUUACAGUAUUUUUUGUAAAGCGAACAAUUUUGUGCCUUGAAUUUGGUAAUCUGUAUUAGUGAAGCAUUGUAAAAGUGAACUUCUACCUCUGUAUCUUAAUGUAUACCAUCCACUUGUAAACUACUAUCACACAAAUUGUGAUUACUUUUUUAGAAUGUCUUGUUAAAUAGUGACCAAUGCCUGUGGUUAUUAAAGUGAGCCACCUUUUCCUUAAAACA